AUGCAGAGAGUUCUUCAGCACCAGCAGAUACCCGGGGUGUUCUGACCCGUGCUGAAGGAGAGUAAGUCGUUGGAACACACCAUUAAAUCCUGUUAGCUGUACUAAUUGCCUCUUUGUUCAUAUCCUACAGUCGGCUCCUGUUGAAGCGUCCGCAGAGGCGUCUAACAAAGCAGAAAACUCCGACUCCGACACAAAGGAGGUGGACGAACCCGGCAGCGGGGUCGACCCCGGACCUGCUGCCUCCGAUCACGCUGAGGAUCAGAUCGCCGUAGAGACCCGUGAGGAGGAUGACGAUGAGCCAGAACAGGUUAGUGACCUGAGGCUGAUCCUGAACCAUGUGGUUCUGUCAGAUCUACUACGGUCUGCUGUAAAGGUCUGUCCCUGAGUUUACGUCGAUUAACAGUUUCUCUGUCUGAUCAGAUCAGUCUCACUGAGAUUUAACGACAUUAUGUUUCUAAAUUUACCUUUUUAAUAAUUUAUAACAUAUCUGAAUAGUUAUGACCCACUUUGUCCGACACUACAGCCACUAAAUCUCACUUUUAUCAGCCCUCUGUGAAAUACAGUCCCCUGUUAUUCCUCUGAAAAGGACCGGAGUAUAAAUCAGUUUAAAGCUCCGCUCAUAAAAACAGGAGUGCUGCUGAUUCCUGGCGCUGCAGCCGUCCUUUCAGCGCUCGCUCUGCACAUCUGAAACCCAUUUUUUAGGGGCUGCUGCGUGUUGUUUGUGCUGUUUAGCCUCCAUGAAGAAACGCUGAGCCCGUCUUUUCGUCCGCUCAUGAAGAAAACUCUGAGUUUGAUGAAUUAAAUGUCUGUAGUGUGUGAAAAAGUUGGUUUGCCAUCUUAAAACUCGAACCUAAAUGUAGACGUCAUAUUAAAAAUCCUACAUUUACACUUUUGAACAAGAUUUUUUCAGUUUUAAGGGACAAAAAAAGACAAUUUUAGCAUCAUCUAGUGGUCAGGUGUCGAUUCAUGAUUAAUUUGAUUCCAUUCGUCAAGUUUGACCAUCAAAAUCGUCCGUUAAUACUCCUGCUUCUGCACAGAACAACAACAACCCUCUGGUCGUCUUCUUCUUCUUCUCUGACUUCCAGCUGGUGCGUUUCCAUCGUCCACUCACUAAAUACAAAAACACAUGUGGCCGUCGCUCGUUUGUCCUCUCCAGAAACACGACAGCGCUACACGGCGACCUCGGUGGACCUCCAUCAGCCAAAGUUAACAAAAACUAAACGAUUCUUGUACCUUUUAAAAGUUUUUUCCUAAUGAGUUAAAAAGCACCAAGCAUCCAUCCUUCCCUAACAGCUUUAUUUACUGUUGUUUCAGUUACAGAGAAGCUUUUUGAAACUCAAGCACACGCAGAAGUUUCUCCUGAAAGGUCAAGUUAGUUUGACUUUGCUCGGUUCGCUCUCACUCGGUUUGAAGAGGUGGACUUUAGCAGGUUAUUGUUGCUCAUGCAUCCUCAACAAAAAAAAAACGUCUGAAAAUGUGUUUAAUUUGUCACAUUAUAGUUGUAGGUUUUUCUAGAGAAUAAAUACGUCUGAAAAUGUGUUUAAUUUGUCACAUUAUAGUUGUAGGUUCUUUGUUUUUAUUUCACCUUUCAGGAAAAAUUAAUAAACAGAUACAUUAAUGUAAAGAGUCUACACCUCAAUUUAAAGAUGUAAUCCUUUUUUAUUUUAUAUAUUUAUCCUUUUUUUAACAGGAAGGAGAAGAUAAAGAUGAUCCAGCUGUCAAUCAAACAGAUGUGACGCCUCCCUCUGCUCAGGAGGAGGAGGAAGAGGAGGAGGAGGAGGAGGAAGGCAGCACAGCGGAGGUGAAGUCUCCGUUCAUGUUUUUUCAACAUGCCAACUUUAAAAUACCAAAAAUAAGAAUAUAUUUUCCAACAGUUCAAACACUGAGGAUGUUCUGUACACAAAAAAUUAAUGUUAAAUUUUUAAAUUAGGCAAUUUUUUUCUUAAUUUAUCUCAAAAUUAUUACAUUUUUUUUAACAUACUUAAUAGUUUUUUACAGAUUGUCGGUAAUAUCAAGAACAUAGGAACAAAGCGUUUGCAUUUUAUUUGAGUUUUUGUAAAUAAUGAUCUUAUAUAUUCGCUCUAUAAUGUCACAGUCACUAUAUCAAAUGUAGUUCACUGACUAUUUUUUUCUUUAAAUUGCAUAAUACUGAUAAAACUGUUUUAAAACUACAUUUCACUUCAGCAUAUUGUAUCAGGUUUUAAUGUCUCAGUUACAGAAAUGAGAUAUUUUAGUUUGUAUUUGAUACAAUUAAUGUUAUUAUUGGUCGCGCCGAAUGACCUGAAGACCUUGUUUAAUUAAAAAUCAAUUUAAAUCAUGUCAAAUAUUGUAGAAACUAAAUUGUAAUAAAUUUAAAGUAAUUUCAAAGAAGUUUUAAAACAGCAGUCAUGGCCGGAUGGUCGCACCACAUGAUAUUUUGAACCUUUGAAGUUCAGAAAAAUGACAAAAAACUCCUGAUUUUUGAAAAGUUGGAGUGACUACAUAUAUGAGAGAAAUUCUACAUAUAGAUAAUAUAUUUUUGUGCAUUUUAACUUUUUGAACUUACGAAAAAUACAGCGGGACAGAAUAUUAAGGCGUCACGUCGUUGACCCUUUUAUUUAAACACUCACAGAAAAUGUCCUUUUUUUUAAUCCCAAACCUUAAAGUGAAUAAACAAUAUGAACUCUGAUUUAAAACAACAUGUUAGUCAAAUGUCUCUGGUUCUUAUAUUCGCGGAGCUCAGAGGACUUUUGUUGGUUUUUAUGGACGAGAAAGUUUCUGAAAAAGUUAAAAACACAUAAAAAAAGGAGUUAAAGAGAGAGAAGGAUCAGAGGAGCUCUCUGGGUCUGCUCCUGGAGGCCGCUGUUGACCUGUUGCUUCCUCCUGCAGAAGCCGAGCCCGCCUGAGCCCCCUACGUCCGACCUGACAGCCCAGGAGACCAAUGAGCAGCCAGCGGAGGGUGAAGCCCCGCCCCCUGCAGGUACGAACAGCCAAUCUCCUGCUGAAAAACAAGGAUGUUCUUUACAUGUUAUGUGUGGCAUCCUCUCUGUCCCGUCAUCACGGCGCUGACAGAAAUCACAGGCGGCUGUGAAGAGGACGGGAGGUUCUCAGCGGGUUUAGAUCUGCUGAUGAAAGAGCAGGAGGACAGUUGGAUUUAUCGUGAUAACAUGAUCAGAGGAGGAGCAGGAGGUGCUCAGGUCAACGCUGCAGGUAGAAGAACAUGUUAGAAAUCAUGUUCCCUCCUCUCAUUUCACCCCGUACACAAACCUGGGUCGAGUAGUUUCCCCCAAAUUCUCCAUUUUUAUCUCUGGGAGGAAAAAUCGUGUUUCCAGUCUUUUUCCCUCGUCGUCCUUCGAUACAUGGAGAAAAAGGUUGGAGGGAAACGGAGAUGUCCCGUUCGUUACCUGGAGGACUUUGGCCUCGGCAGCUGAAGUUGUAAAGAGUUUGAAGGAUCGCUGCCAAAGCAGAGAAACAGCCCUGGCAGCCGAGCCGGGAGCAGUUUUCCACUCCGUCAGUCACUUGUUUAACUUCUCCGAGGGGUUUGUUAAGCUUGUCAGAGCUUGUUAAGAGAGCUGGAGCGACGGCUGAUCAGAGACUUUCAUUCAGUCCUCAGAAACACAAUCGCCUCGUUUUCUCUCUGCUGCUCUAAAGAGGUCGGAGAUGAUCGAGGAGCCGACACAUCUGGAUGUUUUUAGAGAUGUUCGAGAUCCUCUGACGACGUUCUUUUAGGUGUAAAUCACAUUUUUAAAGUCUGAGUGAAGCUGAACUUUGAAUUUGAUGAAUAUUAGAUUAAAAAGAAAGAACCAAAGUCUCUGAACUCCAUCACUCUGAUGAGCCGACACAUACUCCAACUUGUCAAACUAAUAACUCCACAAAUCGCUGCACUGCACUGAAAUAAUUGCUGGAUCGGCGCCAUCAGUAAUUAGUUACGCCUGAGUCUUUGUUGCUCUGACAAGUCAAAAUAUCUGCUGAGAAACAGACUGAGGAGUUCGACUAAUUAGACCGAGAUAAAGAAACGACUUCUUCUGACUGACACGCUGAGAGACGGAGACGCUCAUCGAAAACUUUGAUUAGAAGUUUUCAGGCGUGUCUCAAACUGAGACGAUGAAGUUUGUGGAUAAAUUCUGACUGUUUCUGAUCUUUUUCAGACUCGGAGAACCUAAAGGAUGAAGAGGAGGAGGAGGAGGAGGAGGAGGACUCAAAGGUGACCAUGAACACUCAUGAGGGACUGUCUUUGUGGGUCAGACUCUCGGGUUUCUGUUUUCUUCUUUCUGAACAAAAUCUAAAGGUUUUGGAGUUUUUAUCGUUAGAGGUUUCGACAGACUGACACGUUUUUAGGCGGUUUGAAGCUUAAUUACAUUUUUAACCGACCAGAUAGUCUGAAAGUGAAAAAAAAGUGAACAUGGCGCUGAAUGUGUUUGUUAAAUUGGGUUGUUUGAUUCUAGAGACCUUUACUGUGGAACUGCAGGAGCUGGGGUCUAGAUUUAGUCUGGAAAAGCCCCCACUCAGAGGGCAGAACUUUUCAGUGGCCCAGGAACUUUUGGAGGCGGGGCUUAAUGACUUAAAACACACAAGACGCAGGGACGACACAGACCUGAUGAUAGCAGAUCAGGAAAAUGUGACCCGUCUUGACUUUUAACAGCAGUAAAGCGUCAUUCUUAAAGCCUGAAACUUGAUGACUUUUCCUGUUAUAACCCAAAAUACAUGAAAUUAAUUUAAAAAUAUUCAUGUGUAUUUUUGUUUUUGUGCUACAAAUUUUUCCCCUCUAAGGCUGUUAUGGGUCAAAUUUGACCCGUAUCUAUUUAGAUGGAUUUUAGAUCUAGCAGUGUGGGACAAGUGACAAACAGUAACAACCGUGUUCAAUAUAAGGUUUGUUGUUCAAAAAGAUAUUCAAAUCAUUAUGAAACUAUCAUUACCUUGACAGAAACACACACACACACGCACGCACACAGACAUACAGUCACACAGACACACCGAGACAGAGGUCAAAAUGACCGAACUAGUCAAGAGAACUUUCUGUGACAGAAAGCUGCUCUUUGAACUCUUUGACGGGGCAAUUUUGACCCGGAACAUACUGUGAGGGUACAGGAUUUGAACAGUAUGUGAGGGUUAAUCGUUCAUCAGAGACUCGAAUAAAAAGCCGUGUUUGUAACUUCCUGUCUGAAUACCAUCUCUGGACCAGAGUGGACCACAGGAACCAUUAAGAUCCCAUUUAGUCCUCUGUCUUCCUUGCAGGUUAUUGUCCACAUGUCUGUGCGGGUUUAGACUCGUCUAGACUGCGUCAGGAGAAUCAGUAUCCAGACUGUAGUGACACUAAAUCACACUGAUAAUAAUUUAUUCAUGUCCUCAGAAGACGGAGGGUGAAGAUCAGCCUGAAGAGCAAACAGAGGAGCAGGUUGGUGCUGCGGACCUCCUCAUCACUGAUUCAGGUAAAAAACUAAAGAAACAAAACGAGCCUGAUAAAGUUUAGAAAACAAAAAUGAAGAAUAAACGAACGCUGUACAUGAAGAAGAGUUUUCCUCGUGUUUAUCCUGAACACACACUUCAGUGACGGACUCGGUGUUUUUGGAUUUCUGCUUCAUUCAGACGUCAGUAAAGACGAUUACAGUAAAAUCUCCAGGUUUGUUCUUUACUCUAAGACUCGCUGUUCUUUUUUAAAACGUAGAAAUAAAACUCUAAUCAGUGAUUCUGUUUGUGUUUGUAGGAAAAGUGACUGAAGCAGCUGCAGAGGAAGGAGCAGAUCCAGAUGUUUCCAUCGUCCUCAACAUCCAAGUGGACGGCGGUGAAGCAGCCGAGGGAGAAACCGUCCAAUCAGGGUCAGAGGAGGUGAAAACUCCUAAAAAGAAGAAGAAGAAGAAGAAGAACGGGAAAGACGCAGAAACGCCGUCAGCAGACACGACGAGCACGGACACAUCCAACACGGACACAUCCACCGUAGAUAUCUCCACCGUAGAUACUCCCACUAUAGAUACUCCCACUGUAGAUACUCCCACUGUAGAUAUCUCCAUGCCUGACACUCCUGCUGCAGCCACGACCAACAAGAAGAAAAAGAGGAAAAAAAACAUAGUGGAGGAGGAUCAGAAGAAAGAGGAGGAAGAGGAGAAGGAAGAGGACAUGUCUCAGGUGACUUCUCCAGGGAAGAAGAAAAAGGCCAAGAAAAGGAAAAGAGAGAAAGAAGAAGAAGAACCCGCCGUCACUCCUUCAGAAAAUGAAAUCCAGCAGAAAAAGAAUAAAGUGAACGAAGAGGAAGAGGAGCAGAGAGAGGAGGAGGAGAUAAAGGUGGAGAGUACUGUGAGUCCGGCUGAAACAACAACAAAAACAAAGAAGAAGAAGAAGAAAAAGAAGAGAAAGGCGUCCUCACAGGAGAAUGAGGAGGUGCAGUCUGAGGAGAAACCAGCAGGGGGCGCCGACGCCACAGGAAAGACGACAGAAGCUCCAGGUCAGAUUCACGUCCUUCUUUUCUGCUUUUCUCCUUUAUUUAAGAUCCAUGAAUCCUCAUAAUUCUCGUUAUUAAUCUGCUGAGACGUUUUCAGUGUUCGGAGUUUUAAUCUGAUCGAUAAUCAGAGAAGAUGUUUGACUUUUUCAUCCUUUCUUUCCUUGUGAAGAUGAAACUCCCUCUCUGCCGCCUAGUGCCAAAAAGAGACACCGCCUGAGGAAGAAGCUCAGCCUGAAGAAGAGACUGAUGCUGAAGAAGAAAGAGGACAAGAUGAAGAAGAAGAAGAAGAUCAGCGAGGCUGCGUCAGGAGAGACCGAGAGCUCUGCAGAAGUUAAGAAAGGGAAGAAGAAGUGAGUCUGUGGAACCUGAACGUUUUAGACUGACACGAUCUUUAUCAAUGUAAACGUGACGCAGACGGCUGAUUAAAGCAGGAUUAUUACAGCCGUGUCUCAGGAGAGCGAGAUGAGCAAACUUUCAAUUUCUAAACAACAUCUACAAAGCUACAAGGCUGGUUACCAGAAAAACAACCCAAUAUACUGUUACUAUGAAAGUCGGCAGAAAGAAACCUGUGGUAGUGAAGGAAAGAAAAUAACUCAGACAGACAUUAAAACUUCUUCAGCUGUUCUCAAAAACAAUCAAAAAACUUAAAUGUCUUUUUGAAGGAACACUAAAAAGGUCUAUAGAACUGAACGUGUAAAAAAACAGGUGGAACUGAAUUUUAUAAAAGAAUGUGAUGAAGUGAAACUGAAUUUAAACAGAUUAUAAAAACGUCAGGAAGUUAAAAAAAAAAAAGAAAAAACUGGAUUUUAAUUGUUAGAGUAGAAUAAUAUGAGACGGCAGGUAAUGAAACAUAAACUCAUCAAACAACGCUGAAUUUAGCAUCACGUUCACCUGUGGUUGGACUUCGGUUUUGUACCUUUAAAUAAAAAGUGCGUGUGGACCACUAGAUGGCAGUAUUUAUCUCUACACUAUGUUUCAACACAGAAAAAUUCUGCAAAUCAUCUGUAUUUUGAGUGGUUUAUUUUUCUAAAUGUAGGCUAUCAUUGUAAAGGUUGUGACAUCUAGUUUCUGAAUUAAUUUGGACAUUUUAUGGAAAGCCAUUUUUGGCCAGUAGGGGGGGCUUGAAAGCAGGGAACUCUGCAUUCGACAUCGUCCGAUAUCUGAUUUUUCUUAAAUUCCACGAUCACUAUGAACCAUUUUUUUUCUGUGAAAUGUCUCAACUGAUUCAGAAACUAGACCUCUCAGCCUUUACAAUGACGCCCCACACGUUCAUAUCUACUGUGGAAUUUAUGGUAAAUCAGCUUAAAAAAAUUGAUAUUGGACAACGUCGAAUGGAGGGUUCCCUGCUUUGCACUGCCCCCUACAGGUCAAUAACAGUUUUCUUUGAAAUGUCUCAACUGAUUCAUUUGAUGCAUUUUCAUAUCCACUGUGGAAAAAAUCUAACUCAAAAUGCGGAUGAUUUGCAGAAUUAUUCUAUGUUGAAACAUAGUGUAGAGGUAAACAAUGCCAUCUAGUGGUCCAAAUAUACUUUGAAAUAAAUUAAAAUAAAGGACGUUAUUGUAUAGUUAGAUAAUGAACAAAAAUGACAUAUUGGUGUUGUACAAAGUAACUUUAAACUGAUAAUGAUUUUACUGACAGGGUAGAAUAUGUAGGAAGAACAUUAAACACACACACAACCUGUUUUUUUAUUAUUUCUGAGAAUAAUGAACUUUAAAUUUUUUCCAGACAAAAACAGAACCACGAUGCUGCAGAGACAGCUCAACAGAAACCUGCUAAAAGACCUCCUGAUCCGGCCCAGGAGGGUGAGACACCAACGAAGAAGAAAAAGAUGAAAACAAACUCCGAACAAGAAGAGAGUUCCUCCAAAGAAAACGACCCGCCAAAGAAAGAGAAGAAAAAGAAGAAAGGAUUGGUGAAGACGGAGGACAAGAGGGCUGCAGCUAAACUUUCUGAAAAUGUUUCAACUCCAGUUCUAAACGAGAAGAAGAAGAAGAAAAAGAAGAAGGAGAUGAUCAUGAUGACGAUGAUGAAGGCUGGAGGAGAGAAGACCACAGGAACAUUGAAGGUGAUUCAAGAAGUCCCUGCAAAAAAAGGACUUAAAAAAAAGUAUCGAAAUAAUGUCGGUAUAGUUUAAAAAAAAUAAUCAUAGGAUAGUAUGAGUUACAUGUCAAAGUAUAGUUUGAAAAAAAUAUCAGUGUAUAUGAAAAAAAGGAAAAGUACAGUUUGAUGAAAAAAAUAGGAUAGCAUGAUAAAAAUGUCAUAGUAUAGUAUGUUAAAAAUUCCAAAUUUUAGUAUGAUUUUUUUUUUCAUAUUUUCGUGAAGAAAAAAAUGUCACAGUAUAGUAUGAAAAAAAAUUUCAGAUUUUCUUAUAGAAAAAAGUGUCACAGUAUAGUAUGAAAAAAAUUUACUUAUUUUGUAAAAAAAAAUAAUGUCAUAGUAUAGUAUGAUUAAAAUGUCAUACUAUAGUAUGUUCUAAAUUUUGAAAAAAAAUCCUAGUUUAGUAUGAAAAAUAAUGUUAUAUUAUAUCCUGAUAAAAAUGUCAUAGUAUGGUAUGUUAAAAACACCACAUUUUUGUAUGAAGAUUUUUUUUCAAAAAAAAAUGUCAAAGUAUAGUAUGAUAAAAAUUUCGAAAAAAGGUUUGAAAAAAAAUUCCUAGUUUUGUAUGAAAAAUUACGUCAGUAUAAUCUGACAAAAAAAAAUUCCUUAUUUUAAAAAAAAAUAAUGUCAUAGUAUUGUAUGAUUAAAAUGUAAUUGUAUAGUAUGUUCAAAAUUUCAGGUUUUUUCGAAUGAAAAAAAAAAAUUUCAUAUAGAAAAAAAUGUCAUAGUAUAGUAUGAUAAAAAUGUCAUGGUAUAGUAUGUUAAAAAUGUCUAAAAUCAGUAUGAAAUAAAAUUCUUAUUUUAGUAUAGAAAAUAAUGUCAUAGUAUAGUCUGAUUAAAACAUUAUAGUUUAUUGUGAUAAUACUAUCAUUGUUAGUAUGUUUUCAAUGUCAUGGUAUAUUAUGUCAAAAAUGAUAGUAUAGUAUGAUACAAGUAUAAUAGUAUAGUAUGGUUACAGUGUGUAAAAGUAGCAUUAUUAUGUUUAUCCUUCUUUCAAAUUCCAGAAAAAGAAACCCUCAAAAAAGAUGACAACGUCUGAAUAA